CGUAUUCAAUACAGAAGCUGCUUCCAAGGCAGCUGGCUUCCGAAACGUACUUUUGUUGUUUUUAAUGGUUUGUUUGUUUUUGUUUUUUUGUUUGAUGGGUUUGUUGUUGAAGAGGUUCCUGCUACCUUCAAUGCCACCAACUCAGAGAGAAUCAGGGAUGACCGCCGCCAGAGGGAAAAUAAACGAAACAAAUAAUGUACAGAUUGGACGGCGAGAGCUUCAGUUCAAGUCUGCGCUGGGGGUGUCGUGUGUUGUGUUGAAAGAGGCCCCGAUGAGUUAGCGCUGUCAUUCAAUAACGUCGCUGAAGAGACGAUCAAGGUUGCUGGGUGCAUUGGUGGUCUUGGUCGGGGAUGCGUACUAUUCUGGAGAGCUUGGGAGUGUUUCAUUUAGCUUUUUCAUGAUGUUUCCCUUUUCUUACCCUUUUUUUUUUUUUUUUUUUUUUUCCUUCCAUUCUUUGUCUUUUCUGCUCCAGGAUGGAAAUUAGAUGGGGCCUCAGACGAUGAGUCGUACUUAAGAGGUCUGGAGUUGUCGCAUUGAGUUGGCCAAGGGUGUACAUCGCCGUGAAUUUGUAUUGGAAGGGUUUGUUCUACUUCCGGAUUUGGAAGUUGGGUGCGUGGUAGAAGUGGCAGAGUGUGGUUGAGUGUGGAGAGCAUUAUUUGGGGCGAUCUAUAUGGGGGAGAAGCUAGAAUUUCAGAAGAUGACGAUGAGUCCAACCUCGGUGGAGGAGCAGAAGCUGAAGCCUGAGAAGGUGCCCUUGCACAAGCGGCGCAAGUGCAGGAUAUGCUGCGGCGUGUGCUUGGUGGUUUGGAUAUUGCUUGCGAUUGUAGCCGUCGUGCUAAGCCUAACCAUUUUCAAGUUCCGAGACCCCAGGGUUUCUUUGGUAAAUGCCAAGCUGCAGAACGUCACAUUCAACCUCGAUAUGCUCACCUUGUCAGCGCUCUUGAACAUCUCGAUAUCGGCUGACGUGCGCGUGGACAACCCAAAUUACUAUGAUUUCAAGUACACUAACAGCACGAUUGAUAUGAAGUAUCACGUGGAUGAAGUGGGCGUGGUUAAUCUCGGCGCUGGAACCAUUCGCUCUCGAAAGACCGUCGACCUCCCGGCUGUCAUUAAGGUGGAGGCAAUAAGUCUUGCGGUAAACAGCCUGCAAGAUCUUUCCUCCAACGUUGCGACGUUAGAUUUGGACACUGUUAUGAGAGGGCGCGUCAAUUUGGCCAAAAUUUACAAGAAACACGUGACUGCAAUUUUGAACUGUACUUUAGAUAUCUUCAUCAGCAACCAAACAUUGAAGCAGACUGUAUGCAAACAAAAGAUUAAACUGUGACUGCUUCUAUCGAUAACUCCUGUAUCUAUCGCACCAAUUCUCUGAGCCACUUAAGUUUGUAGCCCCUUGCUUCGGGCCUACAGAGCGAAACAGUACCAGCCAUGGCCAAGGCUUAGACUUACUCAGGUACUUCAUCCUUGCUACACAUUACCAUGCAUCUUUCAGUGGAUCAGCUUGAUUCUAUGAAACUAGUACACAGUUGGGAGGAUAGAGGUGGAGCAAUUAGCCGUUGGUUUUGGAGGCUGCGAGGUUCAAAGCUGCAGGUUCGAUUUGCUCAUCGUUUUUGCAGAUUGUCACUAGAUUUAGUCACAUCCGUAGGCCAAAAUCAGAGCCGAUUUCGUACUCGAUUUUAAAAAGUUUUUUUUCCUUCCUUUACUAGACAUCCGUCUCUAGACUCCUACCCAAGGAUUCAUCAGGUGGUGGUUGUUCAAUUCUGUCUCGUUGAUGGGGUUCUCUUGCAAACAGCUUGUAAUACGGCGCAUAUUGUGUAAUACCAGUGAUUCCUACUGGCAUGAUCAAUCAACUGGGCAUUGAUGAAUCCAAGCCAUGAAAGCAGUUAAUGCAGUGCCUGUUUUACAUAGUAGGGCCGUGGAGUUAUGGAGACGCUUGGCACAAUCUCUGCCGAACAUCCAUCACUCGUUCAAGACAGCUUCGGUGUCCAUUUCUUAGGGUCCAGUUAUGUAUAUAUUACAACAUUGAACUGUUGGACUGCAGGCGUUCUAUGUUAU